CUUUUAUUGGCAACGAUAAACAUUGUUUUCUAAUCGCUGAGGAGCGCGUGUAAUUUAUUAUAAUAUUGGAGAUGUAUUUUCGAUAUGUAUAUUUACUCUUUUGUUUCUGUGUCUAGAAGUUGAGAUCAUGAAUGCUGUAAUAGCAGUAUGUAACUUUUGUGAAUUACAUGGACCAAGUGUACUCUUCUGUACACAAGCUUUUCAUGAUAGUGAAGAAGAACAAUGGACUCAAGUAAAGGCAGUAGAAAGUUUUAAAUCUGAUGUGUCACCAAAAGCAUGGUAUGGUCCAUCCUUCUUUUCUCAACGGGCAUCUGCUGGAAGCUCAGAAACUGGUCUACCACCUUUAAAGUCAGACAGCUGUGAGGGUUGCACCUCUAUGACAAGUAAAAAACGUGGAUAUAUAAGUAACGAUCAUGAAUCUCGAGUGAGUUAUGUCAGCAGUCAGUAUCCGUUGCAUCCUGACGUUUUCAGUGCCGUUCGACAAGCCUGCGUUCGAAGUCUUAGCUGUGAA